CGUAAGAGUUAUUUACAUCUAAGUAAAGUAAAUGAUUAUUUAUUGAAUGAUGAUUUUUUUCGUAAAUUAAGACGGAGAAAAAGUUUAAAAAGAAAGAAAAUAAGUCAUUUUUUAAAUUCCAGUUCUCUUCAAAGAAAUAGUAAACUUCAAAGUUUAAAGAGAACUGCAAUCUUAAAAAAUUUA